AUGGAGUUUGGCCGCAAUCCACUGAGCAUGACUUCAACUAAACCAACGUUGUUAAAUGUCCUGGAUGAUGUUGGAGAAGCAGCGUUACAUGCUAUUCCAAAGGUCGACGAUAUAACCUCACAUAAAAUUUAUGUGAUUGCAGUUCAACCAGUAUCUUUUUCAGAUAUAGAAAGCCAGGCGGUUAAACAAGACGCCAGUUCUCCAAACAACUGCUGCUGCUCCUGCAUGCACGGCGUUCUUCGCUUCUUUGCUGAAUUGUGUUGCAACUGUUGUGCUGGGUGUGUGCAAGGAAUAUGUCAAGGCUAAUCUUUGUGUAUUUGUUGGUUUCUUUUUUCAUUUCUAUAUUGUUGUUUUGUGCGACUAAGUUUUCUGCCGGUAAUAAAAUGAUGGUGGCUGG